CCACGACUCACGCCGACAGGCACUGCCCUGAGCUGAGACGGCCGCCAAGCAGGGUUGGCGGGCGGGCGGGAUGCCGCCGCGCCGAGCUGCGUGCGCGGGCGGCGGCGAGUAUAUAUGCUGGCGCGCGGGGCUGCGAAUCCGACAUCCCCUCUUGCGAAAAUACAGGUGAGUUUCUGAGCGUUUGUCCUUGCCUCCCUCCAUUCUCGUCUCUUGCUGGAGCCUCGUGCAUCGGCGCUGCGCUGGAUGCCUGAGUAUUGCAUGGUGCAUGGACCACCGCAUGGGCUAUUUGCGCAUGGUGUGGCAAUGCACUCGCGUGCUCGGAGUACUGGGGGAUGCGUGUACUGCCUGCUACCGACUCGCGAGAGGGUCGCGAUUGGCAGAUGGCAUCAUCACGUCGAUAUCAGGCGCGAUCUAGCGAUAUCGAGGAUCGUUAUUCGGUUCCCACCUCCUCCCUCAUUGGUCUGCACGUGUGUCUCGCGUGGCUCGCGUGGCUCGCGUGGCUCGUGUGGCCGGGUGACGCACGUGGUAGGCGCGUGGGUGCCUCGUGGCUCCCUCACGGCGGCCGAUGACUCUCCGCUCACGGAGAUGACGGGUCUCCCCGAGCCAUGACCGCCGCGUCCCCCUUUCUCCGCAUCGCAAACAUCGCUUGUCUCGUCUCGUUUUCUUAUCGACAACGACGAGACCGACGGCCUCCACGAACUUGCGUCUUGGCUGAUGAUGCGGCGGCGCUGUGACGUGCAGUGGCUUUCUGGCUUGUACUGUAGCUCUGUCGCCGGGUCUAGGCUACUAGGGAGGGAGCAUGACGUGUAUGGCGCGGAUGUCCCGGCUGAUCGCGGCUGAAGGGAAUACCGAUUCCUGCC